GGCAAUCUUUUAUCAUGCAAUCACUAUUGUUGGAGAAAAAUUAGGGCAAUUUUUGUGCUGCUGAUUGCUCAUCCUUCUAAGCAUGAUCACCUUAAAAAUCAGAAAAGAUAGCUUCUUUUGUCCCACUUUAUUUAUUUAUUUAUUUAUUUAUGGUCUAGCUUAUUUUGUGGUAGCCUUUAGUUUCUGUGUUCUGCAGGUUAGGAAAAUUGCAGCUGUACAGUCUUAGAAUAGAAGAAAAAUGAAAAAUGAGAGGAUUUCUUUCUUUCUUUUAUGCCUUUUUUGGAAUGUCUUUGUAUAGCUUAUAGAAUGUCAAGUUGAAGACAAAUCAUAGGUUAUCAUGUUGAAAUAGAUUUUAACCAUAACUUGCUGAAGUGUGUUAUUUGGUCUAUAUGUAGUUAUGCUAGUCUUAACUCAACAGAAAUUUGCAUGCCCGCAACUGUUAACCACGUAGUUAUCACAAAAGGGAUCUCUGCAAUUUAUACGUCCUAGAUUAAAAAGAUUGCUUUUGUGCUGAUGUUAAAACAGAAAGUGAAAAUGCUUUGACAUUGUGCAUUCUAUUCCGGGCUGAGUUUGGUCAAAACAUGGUGGUUGGCCUUACUAGUUAGUUGGUCACAACAUGCAUCAGAAACCUGGUUUCUUUUUGGAUCAACUCAUCAAAGCUAGGCUAUAUGUUUGCAUUUUAAAGGACUGUGUGAAGUUGAGAUGUCAGAUGCAAAUAAUGAGCUCUCUGUGGAUGUCAACGACCUAUCUGAAGCAAGCACUGGAGAAAAACGGAAAAGAGAAGUAAAGUUAAGAUCUAAAGCUUGGGAGCAUUUCACCAAACUCAUAAAGGAGGAUGGAACGUAUGAAAAAUGCCAGUGCAAUCAUUGCAACAAGCUCUUUACAUGUUCGAGUAGAAGUGGGACAACCCAUCUACUUCGUCACAUAACAGAAGGAAUAUGUCCCGUGUAUAAUAGAGGGAAGAAAGAUAGGCCGCCAACCAUUUUAAAUUAUAUGAGAGGGAGCUCAGAGCCAAGAAAUAACAUGACGUCGUGGAAAUUUAACCAAGGAUUGGACCAGGCUGGGCAUGAAUCCGUUGAUAUGCGGGAUGAGUUGUUAUCAGCGGGUUUAGAAGAUCUUGAACGUCAAACUCGUGAAGUCUUGGAGGAUGAUUAUGUAGGCCAACCAUCACCACCUGUAAGUGUCAAAUAUCCUCAACAAUCUGCUUUAAAACGUCAAUCGAGAGGAGAUUCAUGGAUGACUGAGUUGCGUGCCUGUGUAAGUAAACUUGUUGAUCUCACAACUGAAAGGAUGCCAAACGGUAGUUCCAUCAAAUCUAGUUUAGCUGUUACUGCUCCUGAUUACUCCAUUGCUGCUGCUCUAAGGUGCCUGAAUGAAAUGGAAGAUAUUCCACAAUCCAGCGAAAUGUACCUAGAUGCUUUUGAACUACUCAAGGAUGAUGGUGAGAGAGAGUGUUUUAUAUGCUUGCCAGCAGAACCGCGUAGGAGAUGGCUCCAAAGGAUGUUGCAUCGACGUUAUCCUUUGCGCUACAAUUGUAAUUUUUGAAGGACUUCUGUGUAUAUAUUAGACGUUUACUGAUGACAAUCUUGUCUGAGUUUGUGGAUGAUUUCCAGUAGUAGACUACUAAACUUUGCUUGUUGCUUGAAAUGGAUGUUGUAAGCUCUGGCCCCUGCAUUGGAUGAUAAUGAUUCUUGUGUUAUUGUAGACUUUUGAGUGACAAGCAACGCAUUAUACUCCCAGCUAAUGUUUCCCGUCCAUUUGUUCUCCCUCCCUCCCUCCCAAGCAAACUGCUGAUGUUGUUGAUAUC